ACAAGCGUAGUAACCGAGUAUCCAAAGAGGCAAUCGCAUCGUAAGAGCCGUUUAAGAGGUGGAAACGAGUCAGAGAUAUUCGGAGUAGUGGCCGCGUCGUCGAAAAUCGCAUCCAAUGAUCUGUAGUAUCUGUAUUUGGUUAUUUCUAUCUUGUUAAAUGUACGACUCGUAUAACGGCGGAAAGAAAGAAAAGAAAAAGAAGAAAAAAGAAAGACUUGGUCCCGUGUUCAUUGCGCGAACGAUUUUGACGAGCCAACGUCACGCUAACACGCGUCUCGCUCGCAUCAGCGUGAUUCCACGCGACCCGGAAUCCGCGUCAGUGCGUGUUUCUGGUGACGCUCGACAGCAAGAACGAUGAAUUCGUUCAUCCGUCAUCGGUGAGGUGGAUCCAUGACGAACGAGUUAGUCGGAGAAUUUUCAUCUUCGUCGGUGGAAUCGAUUGGAAGUUAUCAUCGCGACAACAUCAUCGAGGGCUGAGCUAUCGAAAAAUAUGGCGUCAGGAAUACCGAGCGUACAUCAGAGGAAGCUUGGACCAGCGCCGAUAGCAUCCUUCGAAGACCUGUCCGACGAGGUGGAAAACGGGGAACCGGCUGCGCGAAUGCCAGGCAUCGUCGAGGUCACCACGCCGGCAACGCCUGGUAGUUCGCUUAAGACACCCAGCACGCCGAGAAUUGACAUCAGCAGGGCAAGCAGUUCCUCCCACCAUGAGGACAGUAACUCCAGGGACUCUACGCCCGAGAGGGAACUCCUUGCAGGCGGAGAACCUCCACCUGGGUGCAAGCUGACUCUGGGCUACAAAGAGGACGCCCAGGAUCUAAGAUCGUCGACGGAGGAGCUCGACUUGCAAGAUCCCAUUCACGAGCAAGAUCUGAAAAGAGAAUCGAAGAAACUGGCGAAGAGGCGAAAGGAGGAUGGCUCCAUGUCCGAUUAUAGCGGCAAACAAUUAGACAGAGAAAGGAAGGACAGCAAUUGCUCGGAAAUCGUCCUGUUGAACAUCAGUGGAAGAACGUCUAGACUUUCCUCCGUGGGUAGUCAAGGUUCAGGAGCCUCUGGCAAACUUUCCGUUGUCUCUGGCACAUCGUCCAGGUCGCCGAGUCCGCACAAAUGUUUACUGGAAACGUCGUUCUGCGGAAGCAAACCUACACUGGCGGACAACUUGAUAGAACCGUCAAAACCAGAAACCGACGACCUGGAGAAGAUCUUGCUGAAACGUGAAGCAGACACGACGAAAGCACUGAUUCCAGACAGCAUAAAAGUAUCGAUGGUAGAUGGAAACUUGAAACCAGAUCCACUGGAUAAACCUAGGAGACGGGGACGAGAAGAGAGGAAGGAGAUCUUCAAGAGAGAAGUGGAGAUCACGAAAAAAUUCUUGGAGAAGGUUAACAUACAGGUACCAGUGGUGAAGAAGCCAGGUGAAUCGCCAAGUACAACGACGUCGCAGCAGCAGUCGGCGAGAAGUCAAGCGCAAGAGGUACAAAAGCCAGCGACCUUGGACUUCAACGACAAGAGGAAAAAAGCGCAGAACUUCAAAGAAAUCGUACAGACCACUCCAACAACGAGCAGCGUGACCGGUAGUCCGAAGCUACCAAGGCAUCAGAAAGUUCGCGAUCUGGAAGGUUCGCGUACACCCAGUCCCUCUUCCGUUUCCAGGAAGAGCAGUUUCGCCUCUCUGUUUAAGGCCCGUACAGACAGCAGUGUGUUGAGCCCAGAAUCGCCGUCUCCGAGCACGAAACCACGUCGUAGCCUCACCUCAAAGAUCAAGGACACCACGGAGAGUCUGCGUAGCAGAUCGAAAUCGCGCGAGCGAGUAACCUUGGACAAAGGGUCUGGCAGUUUAAAAAAGGACUCGAAGAACAAGGGCGUGUUCUCCUCGACGUUGAGUCUGUUCAAGAAACGCGAGAGAAAGAAGAGCUAUGACGAGGCUAUAGCGGCAUCCUGUGGCACGGAGUUGGAUAGUUCCGGAGGACACCCGUCCUUAGAAAGCAUAGGCCACGUGGAGUUUCGUUUUAACGCUGAAAAGGAGAGUCGUAAGGACGACUCGAUCUUCAUAAGCCUGCACGCAGAUGACAGGAACUACGAGGAGGCUCUGCCUUCGGAAAGCGUGUCGAUACCACUGGAAACGCCUACCAAACUGCUGGACGAGUACGAAUCGGAGCCUCGAACCGGAAGCAUCGUAACGGAAGUGUCGAUAGAGCAUUAUCCACCCACAACGAGGAUAAAGACCGAAGCUUUGAUCGAAACUGCGCCGAGGCCGUACUCGCGGGACAGCCAGACCAGCCAGAUCAUACCGCAGAGCAGUUCGAAGGAUUCUGAGAUCUCGAGGAGUUCCUCGAAGGACUCGAAGCUGAGUAGUCACGGGAAAACCAGCGAAACCGCUGUGAGAUCGUCGUCGUCCAUCGAUAGCAAACCUCCUGCGGACCAUCGAAUAUCCAGUAGUUCGUCGAAGGACUCGAUAGGAAAGAAGGAAGCUACGAAGCCGAAAAGGAAAAGCAAAGAGCUGCAACAACCUGUCGAACCAGCCGAGAUAGUCGAGGAAGAUGUUUCAAGGCAGAAACAGAAACAAGUUGAAACGAGGGAACACGCACCGGUUAAAACGGUGGAAAAGAGGCCAGACUUGUUGGAUGACGGAACGAAGACUGUGGAUGGACUAGUGAAGACACCAAGCGUGAUCUCUGAUCUGGAUCAUAAUAGUUCGGAGUCGGAGAGAGACUCGGAGAUCGAGUUUGUUAGGAACAAGGUGGAGAAACUUGCAGAGGAAUUGCCUGACGAGAGGAAGGGACUGUUCUACGAGGAGAGCUUCGAAGAGGAUCUUCCUUAUGUACCCACCACCCUACCCUUGGAGAAAAGCGUGGCUGUGCCGAUCCUGCCUGUGAAACAACGACUUCAGGAAGUAAGAACGAUACCAAUCGAGAGGCCGCGUUCGACGACGCCGAUAAACCCGACGCUGCUCGACGAGUUUGUGAUGCAGACGUCCCUCGACGAGCGUCGUGUUGAGAAGAUGAAGAUAUCAUUGCCGCGAGAAGAUAGCUUUAAAUUGAAAAGUCCGCGGAAGCACGCGGCCAACACGUUUAUGGAAUUCGCAGGCAAAGUGCCUGACGGGGGACGGAAGAGCGCAGGUAAAUCGCCGAGUCCUCCUCCACUGCCACCGAGAGCCACUGCUAGGCCGAGCAACUGGAUCAACUUCGAGGAGAUACCCGAGAAGAGGAAAGCGCCGAAGAGGAUCCAGACGAUCCCUCGACCUGAGGACGAGGUGAAAUCGGGUGGAUAUAGCUACGUUCAACCGGAGGAAUGCAGGUGCGAGUGCCAUGAAGAAUCUCGAAGGGCGUCGAUGAAGGAAGCGUCCGCGACAAGGACUUCUUCCUCUUGCAGCAGCAACGGAGAACGUCCUUGUAACGGUGAUAAUUGUACGGUGCCUACGUCGACGUCCAUGGACCGUGCCAGUAUCGUCAGUGACAGCUCGCUGGAGUGUAGCCUGAGCAUCGAGGAGAACACGACGCAACCGUUGUUCACGUGCUUGACGAAGCCGUUCAGCAUGGAUCUGGACGUUAGGUCGAAUCGGUCCAGUAUCGUAUCCCAGGACGAGACUGACGAGACCCUGCACCAAUAAUAGUUUUUUUCACGGCACGCCUCGCCUUAUUAUCCUCCUGUUCAAACAAAAACAAACAAAAAAAAAAAAAGAAGUGAAAUUAUCUCCUUGUUGGAACUGUUCUCGAGCCGAGUUCUCGUUCCUCCUUUCGCCGAUCCACUUGGAAAGAAUCGCGUCGUUUAUCUUUAUAACGAAUCAACUCUGCUCGCUCUCUCUCUCUCUCUCUCUCUCUCUUUCUUUCUUUCCUUCUGUGGAACACUUUUUUAUCGAACUCAUUCUCCUCGCAAGAUCGCAAACGUCUCACAAUUCUCUGGUAUGUGUCAAUUCCAAUAACGGAGUUCUAUGCUCGUUUCGUUGCGGCAACAUCUCGUAUAAGUUACACGCGUGUAUCGACUUUGAAGCUACGCGUACUCACUGAGACGGAUCAAGAGAAGAUACGAAUCGGAUUCCAAGCGACAGAGUCGUUCGUUGUACGAUAGACGUCGCGUGUAACGCGUUUCAAAGUGUCUGUACGUUUCGUAACGCGUGAUUUUACAAAGGAUGUAAGCGAAGAUCGAUAUGUGCAUGUGCACUCCCGUUCAUAAGUGUUCGGACGCCUGCUGGUUUUAUGCGAAACGGAUCAGUUAGCGACGAUUAAUCUAUAUUGUUAAGAAAACGAUGAAAUCGGUUGGAAUUUUUCUAUGAGUUUCGAUACUGACUUAAGAAUGGGAGUGUAUAUCGUUGAAAUUUCCCUCGACUUUUCUCGUCGUUGGCUACGAGUCAAGGCUACCCUGUACUUGUUUCUUCGAGGUUGAACACGGUCGAACAUCGAACGUCACUGCUGUUUAACGGCGCUUCGUAGUCGAUUUUACGAAAAACGCGUCACGGAAACGCUCCGCCGCAUUUCUCGCUAUAUCGUUUAACAUACACACGUACAUAUACACGAGAACACAUAUACACACUUGUACAUACCUUGUAACGGUCAUUCGUUCGAGAAACAUUUUUAGUCUAAUUGCGUACCUUCCACGAGAACUCGUUCGUUCCUUCGUUACUAGAUUCGCGUAUUAUACCUUGGAAACGAGGGCAAAGGCAUGCUUGCUGAUGCGCGCGUGUUGACCAAAUGCUUCCUCACGACAGACAAGAACGUGGUUCUUGGAGAUCUACUCGCGAACAGUGACUUUGAAAAGGCAUUUUUGAUCGUCGAAGCUCCUCGAGGUCCCUCGUCGCGCUCAAAAUUGAAAGUAGUCGAUACUUACCAGCUUAGACGCUGCAGAAAUAAUUAGCAGGCUGCAGAUCUGCUUGAAAGCUAAACUAAGCUGCGUCGUGUUACGUUCAGUUUAAAAAUAUUUCCUUCGAUACGUAUACUACCGAAACUGCAACGUGAUCGAAAAAUUUCUAUUUCUAAUUUGUAUUUUCCAAGCUAAGAUAAAACAACUAUCAUGUAUAGUUUAUUCGUUGUUUCUUGCGAUGAUUACAUUUAGACUAAGGCAAAGAUUAUGCCCACAAUGCUCUAACAGCCGAACAUAUUUUCGAUGAAUAAUAAUUUCGUAAGAUCUGUACAAAAUUGUAGAAACAUCAUCGAUCGAUCGCUCUGAAACGAUAGAGUACACGAUAUUGGAUUGAUGCAGACAGAUUGGGAUAUUUAAAGUCGCUGUACGGAACUAAUUUUUAUUCAGCUAGUUACACAAUUCUUUCAUUUAUUUAUUUAACGGGGAACAACCUAUAUUAACUAUUUUUGUUAAUAUGUAUUAUAUAUGUACUAUAAUGUAUGUCGUAUACGAUCGUUGGAGAUAAGAUUAGCGAAAAUUAGAUCAGAGAAUUUUAUUUGAAGUGUCUACAAGUAUCGUGUAUCCACGUGCAGUAACGUCAAAGUGCCCAACAAAUAUUAUACUCUUAGACAGUGAUAUACGUAUCGAAGCAAAUACAUUGGAAUUUAACAUAGCGCAGCUUAGGUUGGUUUUCCAAUGGAUCUCCAGCUGAAAGCUAGUUUAACGACCGCGUUUAGAUCACCGUGAAAGCACAGGGGACCUCGAAGCUCGAAUCACCAACGCGUGUUCUCGAAUAUCAUCGGCCAACUUCGUCGUAACGAGCCCCGCAAUGUUUUGUACACCGAACAAAGAUAGUCGAAAGAAUAUUAUUUUGUCGAUUGCGUGGCGUUGACAGUGGGGAUCUCGUGUCACGAAGCAAGCUUACUUCGAUGCUUCAUCAUAUCAUGUAGAUAGACCUAAGUCUGUAAGUACCUCCGCAGGUGUAGAGAAUUACAAGAAUAUCGUCGAACGUUCGAACAGCGAGCGAUUGUUCUUAUCGCGAUUCUCUCGACUCUCGUGCACACGACGUGUUCUAUUGAAACUGAAUGCGACUGACAGUCUGCGGAUUUUUACGCGUCUGUAGAAAAUUCGAAAGCGCAACAUUGCACAGCGUACGCGUAACGUGGAAACAUACACAGUAUAUGCGAAAGUACGGUACUCCGUACGUUACUUGCUGGAUGAAACAAUUUUCUACCUGCAUUCUAUUUUCCUAAUUAUAUUCUCGGAAAUGUGAAUCUCCGCGUAAAGAUCCGCCGUGACCAAUCGUACACGAGAAUCGAAGGAAACGAACGUUCGGGCAAUUUCAUCGGACGCAUAUGAUGCGUCCAUUAUCGAUAGAUCGUUCUAUCAGUAUUAAGACGAACGUGAUUGUGAUCGCAUUUAUGCGUGUGCGUGUGUGAUAAACGCGUGUGCAUUCGCAUCGAUGCACCCUGUGGUGCAUAUCAUUUGCAUAUCCAUUUGAAAAAGUCUCAUUCCUCGGAAAGAAUUCACCUUCGAGCUUCGAAUAUCAGAAAUGAAACUCUUCGAAGUCAGCGAGUUUCACAGAGGAAUACGACGAUCUCCUAUAGCUGCUGAACAGUGAGAAGCGAACGUGUAAGUGUUUAGGAGCUUAAGCACGACGAAAUCAAACCGACCACGAACCACAGAAUCGAUCUGAUCGCGUUUUCGUUGAUGUUACAGUGUUUCUUUCGGUUGCUUCGUCACUCGAGUAACGUCGCAACUUCUUUUCGAGAUCCACGUUGGCUACAACAGAUACAAGCCCGUUCGUAAAUAUCGGGACACGUUUAUUCAAAAAUGUAACUGUGGGAGAAAUCGUCGCAACGUUGUUUGCAACAUGUUAACAAUUUUGCUUAAUUUGCACACUUGCGAUCCGAAGAGUAAGAUAAAGCGAUUGAUAAUUCGCUGAACAUUCAGCUACGUUGCAAUAGGAAUCUCAUCAUUGACAAACGAAACAGUGAUGAAACUUGACGAUUGUACUAUUAUAUCGUCCAUUGCAUUUGCUGGUUUUUUUCUUUUUUAUUUAUUUUUUAUGUUCCUUUAACGAUUCAAAUUCGUUUAGCGGAUUCCUACGAAUUCCACGGAUAUUAAAUCGAACUUUAUUUCUUAACACUAGAACUACCGAUAGUUAACACGAAGCCAUUUCUACCAAAACCAGCCAAAAUGAUUGGUCUUUAAAAAAUACGUGAUAAUAGAAUAUUUUUGUAUUUAUUGAUUCGUUACUUUCCUACAGAAGGAAUUCCAUGUUAUGUAGUACAUUUUUGAUAUUAUUAAUCCGUCUGGGACCAUGAUUCCUAAACGAGGAUAGACACAUUUAUAAAAUUGUAGAACCAGUCAUUUUCACUGGUGUGGUAUUUCUAAUGAUAACACCUAGCGAUCUGGCGAUCUAUUUGGAAUUCUCCUGAUAACUGAUAUCGUCAUAUCGAAUGAUACGCAGUAAAAAUUUGAAAAACGCGUGGCAAGUUGUACGAAACGAGGAAACUGGUUAAUUGGGGUUCGAUAAACAAAUUACAGGACCCUUUUACACUUCGACAGGUACCAGUCAUUUUGGCUGGUAUUGCUGUAAAUAGCCCUGAUACAAAAUUAUUUUGAUUUUGAAUACAUAAAAAACAAAAUAAAAUUCGUUAUAUUAUUCUUUUAGUUAUCAUUACGAAUUUUAAAAUAGAAAUUUUAAAAUAGAAUUGUAAAACCAGUCAAUCUGACUGCUGUGGUAGUUCUAGUGUUAAACAUUAGAUUUAGUUGAAACUGUCUCAACGAGAUCUAAAUCAAAGUGUCGAUAGGUAUAAUCGUCGAUUACCGUCGUUUCCCUCUCCACGAGUAACUUCAACAAAAUUUUUCCUGAUCCUUGCGAAUCUUUGUCUCACAUUCUGACUGAUCAAUCGCUCGCAGAAUAACGUAACCGGAUUAUUUCGCGUGAUAUCGACGACCGUCCCGAUAUUUAUGAAAGUCAGCCGAAUUGUUUCGUAACAUUCGAACGACGGAUCUCGAUCAUCCAAGCUUCCGAAGGCAUCGACAUUUCCGUUGUUUCAGCGAGCGCUUCCUCGCUCUUCCAAAUUUUUCUCUACGACUAAGUUUCGAAUCUUCGAGUCGGAUGAUUCAUCGAGUUAGAAAGAGCGCAACGUUGCAGAAAGAUUCUGUUCUGUGGAUGUCGAAUUGAAGAGUACAAGGUAAUAGAAGUAAUUGUAAAGUUGUUCGAUCCUCGUUAAUCGAAAGAGUCUUAUUUAAUGGAAUGGAUCGCGUCGGAUAUAGUGAGUCGCGAAUGUAUUUGAACACAUAUUAUACAACGCUCUUGUGUACAUAUUAUAUGUGUGUGUUAUAUCUGAAUCUAAAACUCUUGCAAAUAACUUUUACGAUUUUUACCAAGCGUCUCUCCGGUCGUUGUCACGCGCAAAUAUAAAACUCUUGGUGUUCGUCAACUUUGAGCAGCGUAAUCGCGCGAUAGCCACUAUCGAUGCUAAUGAAAUUUCAAGAUGUUUUUGACAUGACGCGCGUAAUAUCGUCCCGUUUAUGCCAAAACCAAAAAUACCGUGUAUGCUUUCAUUUUGUCGUUCAUGGUCUUUCUUCUUGCUCUUAGCCACGUAGUAGAUGUAAAGAGAUGAGCGUCAUAACUAGAUCGCGGAUUUUCCCGCGCAUUUAUGCGAAAUCUAAAGACGCGGAGGCGCGUACAAUUCAUACGAUAUUAUAGAAAAAUAUAUAAGAUAUCCAAAGUAUAUUAUGCCACGUCUUGUAAUUUCUAACAAGUACAACAAAUCUCCUUUAAAGGAAUUUCCUUUCUACAUUUUCGAUUAUGUUCGUAAACAUGAAGAUUUGCAUAAAGACUCUGGCCCAUGAUGUAGUUGUACCGAACGUGAUACAACAACGUAAUUAAUUGUAUCGUAAACUCGAUUUAUCACUCUCAGACGUGUCCAAUAAUUGUACAUUCGAUCGCGAGUUUCUACGAUCUGUUGAAUCGCGUAUUUAUGAUGUUGUUGGCAUAAGAAGGACGAUAUAUUCAUAGAAGGUCUCUAUAAACGUUCAAAUACUUUCGUGAACCAUUGUAAAUCAGGUUUUAGGGUAAGUAGCGAUUCCCGCGAGACGAUAAUUGAAGAAGAGAAGAGGAAGAAGAAGAAGAAAGGUGAAAUUGAUCGCUCGGCUCUUUCGUACCUUUCCUUUGCCUUGUUAAUCGACGAUUAACCAAACCAGUUAGCAGGAACCAAUUAGCUGUACCGAUCGCAAUUUAGCGAUAACGUAGCGUACUCUGAUCGGAGAACCCUGAAAGAUCGUGUCAAGUUUCUUCG